UAUCGCCGGUUAUAUUGUCGUGUUGGUUAAAACAUAAAAUUUGAGAAUUAACAAAACCCUUUCAAAACCCUUGCUCAGCAUCUCAUUUGCGCAACGCCGCCGAUGAAGUUUCCAAAACAUGUUGUGCACAGGCGCUACAGCGGCUGCAGAACCUUCAGGGACAGCGCCGCCACAACCAUCAAAUUCGUGAGAGACCGUGGCCUAGACCAUGCAGUGGAGCGAGAAAAGAACCUUCGGCCGCUCCUAAAUGUUAAGAACCUCAUCAAAUUGGAACCAUCAAAGUCCCUUCCUAUCUCUAUAAUCUCCCAGCACAAAGACUCCCUCAGGAUCCCUUCCCGACCCAUCGAAUUCAUCCGCAAAUACCCUUCAGUCUUCCAGGAAUUCCUCCCCGGUGGAAUCGGAAUCCACCCCCAUAUCAAGCUGACUCCAGAAGUGCUCGAUAUUGAUGCCGAAGAGCAUUUGGUUUACCAGAGUGAUUCUUACAAGCAACUAGUAGCUGACAGACUUCUGAAACUGCUUAUGAUAUCAAGAAUGAACAAAAUACCCAUCAGGAUUCUUGAUAUACUGAAAUGGGAUCUGGGUCUUCCUCAAAAUUACUUGAAAACUCUCGUCCCAUGUUUUCCCGAUUAUUUUCGUCUUGUUGGGUCUGAGGACUCUGGUCAAUUGGAGCUGGUUUGUUGGAGUGAUGAACUGGCAGUUUCAGUUCUGGAAAAGAAGAACAUGGAGGGAGGAUCAGUGUAUUCCAAGGGGAUGCCUAUAGCAUUUCCUGUGAAGAUUUCAAAGGGAUUUGAGAUGGAUAAAAAGGAGAAAAAGUGGUGGGACGAUUGGCAGAAAUUGCCUUAUGUUUCGCCAUAUGAGAACGCUCUUCAUCUUCCACCAAAAACAGAUGAAUCUGACAAGUGGGCAGCUGCUGUUCUACAUGAGAUUUUAAAUCUUUCUGUUGCAAAAAAGGCAGGGAGGGAUGAUGUGUUGUGUGUUGGGGAGUAUUUGGGCAUAAGGUCAAGGUUUAAGAGAGUUUUGCUUCACCAUCCGCACAUUUUUUACUUAUCCUGUAAGACUGGAACUUAUACGGUGGUUUUGAAGGAGGCCUAUAAGAGGGGGUUGUUGAUCGAGAGUAAUCCAUUAAUGAAUAUUAGGAAUCAAUAUAUUCAUCUUAUGCACACUGUCAGGGAACACCUUUCUAAUCCUAGUGGAAACGAUCAAGAAAAGAAGGCAACCAGUGGUGCACCCAAAAGGGAAGGUGGUGGUAGUGGUGAUGAUAGUGAGGACGAGAACAAUGAGCUGUCAGAUGCCUUGUCUGGUUCAGAUAUUGAGGAUGGUGACAGUACUGUUGAAGAGUAUGGAUAUGAGGGCAGCCGGAAAGAUGCUCGUGAAACUGCAGUAGUUAGUAGAAGAGGAACAAAUAAGAGGAAGAAUGUAGACUUGAAAGCACAUUUGCCUGAUGGUAAAGGUGAAAGCACAAAGGGAAAACAUCAUUGUGUGACUAAAACCAAAAUUCUGCCAAAUGGUUCUAGUAAUGUCCAUUGGAAAUCACAACAGAGGUCGUCAAAUUUACGUCAGAGAAGCAGGAGGUCAUUGCCAGAAUAGAAUUCUAUUCACUUUUGGGCCUGGUUUGCUGCUUGAACAACAUGGACAGGUAAGAGGGAAAACCUAUUGCAAGGCACAGAAAGGGGAAAUUAAAGAACAUAAGGGGAAGAAUGUGGUAUAUUAAAAUAUCCCUGUUCAUGUCCAAUAUUUUCUUGGUUUUCAGCUCUAAAAGAUUUUAUGACCUGUGCAUCUCAUAGAACCAAUUAGUUGCCGCUGCCACCAUUCUCUUUUGUUUUGGAUGCUAUUGGUGGUCUUUUGGUGGAUUUUGACUUCUGGAUUCUUUUUUCUUAAAGGGGUUUGAUAUCAAUUAUCUCUGGUACCAGCUUUUAGAAAAAGAGACACAACAAGGUAGCAGUAACUUAUCUUUGUAUAAAGACCAACUAAAGCUUUUCCUAUCAGAAUUCAAGUUUUAAUGUGAGGAUGCUGGUAGUAAUUGUCUUGGUUUCAUGUUUCUUAACUUGAGAUUAUGAUGUUGUAAUGUGUGGGUGCUGCUAGUAAA